AAUGGAAGUACGUUGGGAUGCCAACCUACGAUAGCGCCGGGGUUUGGAAGGGGGGGUUAUGGGGGGGAUAAAAUAAACACAGCACGGGUCGGGGAGCAGAACGGGGAACUAGGGCAAUCUUCACCGAAGACUCUUGAAGAAGAGCAGAAAGGCGGGCGGGCGAUCCUUCUCGUGUUUCGCACUCUUGACAGGUUUGUGGAGUUUUGGCUGACAAGAGCCAGUGUGCACCCUGGAUGUAGAUGGCGCGGGCUUCGUUACACGGCAAGUAGCCUGUGGAACGAGGGAUCACCAAACGAGGGACAGCGCGCAGACGAGGAAAAAAGCAGAGAGGGUAGUUUUUCCAGUUUUUAAGAAUAGUAAUGUGAGAAUGGCCUUGUCGUGACAGAUGACAGAGGAAGAGAAGCAAACGGCAAACCAGACAGAAGAAAAGGUGAGCGAACGGACGAUGUCAAGUCAGUCAUCAAGGCGACAAGAAGGUUGGUUGAGCUUGAAUUGUGGAAACCGAAAACGGGCCCUCAAAAACCCCGGCAGUCGGCGGAUGAAGGAAAGAGACAAGCAAUCAAGCAGGCAAGCGAAGCAACGCGCGAAACGAGGAAGCGCCAAACUCUCAUAUCCACCGGUGGGUUCCACAGAGCGAUCGGACGGACGCAGGCCAUCACGUCCUCGAGUUCCCCCUUGCUUGGGUUCUGGUCCUACGAGGUAUCUCGGCGGGAGAGGGCGGAGGGAUUACGUCGCGGGCGAGUUUCAUCGACGAGGAUGGAUGUUCCGCGGGCUCAUCAGCGCAACAUACACACGAAUUGUGUUGCCCGCUUAACAAAUCAGAGCGAGCCUCCGAUCCGGUGUUGGUUAGUGCGAAAAAAGCCCAUCUGCAUGGAUUUGUCUGCAGGCCUACAUACGUGCUCAAUGCUGGAAUUUACAUCCUCUUACGGAGGAACAAGCCCUCUUACGGCGGACUUUAAGCUUGUCCGGGGUUGAGUUGGGGCGGCCUGGCUGCCCAGCACACACCGUUUCCCCUUCGCAAUGAGGAAUGAAAAUAUUCAUAUGUACUCCGUAUCCCAAUGUCCCUAUCUCUCUUUCUUUCUUUCUUUCUUUCUUUCUCUUUCUUUUUCUUUUUCUUUUUUUUUGUAACAAGCCAACACGCCGAUUCACAGGCCUGGCUUGGUUUUGAAUUCGGCAACUUAAAAAAACUACGUAUUAUUCAAAAAGU